AUGAAUUCUAACAGAUGGCUAGUUUUAUUGGAUCUGUUGCUGGUGUUCACAGUUGAGGUAAAUGUUUCUUGAUCUUUUCAAUGCACGCUUACCUCGACUUAUCCAUGAACUAAUUCAAAUGUUUCUUCUCUAGAUUUCAAGCUCACCUCAACAGAAAGAGGAUAUAAUAUCUACAGGUAAUUUCUCUUGGGAGGUGUAUCAUAACGCAUUGAAUUCCUUUUUUUUAAUGAUCUCGUCGAAUAACUUCCCUUCAUUGCCAUGAUGUUUGUACGAUCGCAAAUUCAAAAUUUGAAAAGAAACUGUUUAUGAACGAAUCAUUUCUCCAGAAUGAGCUCAUCAAAUAUGUAUGCCUUCAGGCAAAAAUAUCCAGAACUACUUACUUUUAUUUUAAUUAAGAAAAUGAUGAAUUGAGUCCUUAGUUUUAACUGAAAUAAAUUGAAAUUCUUACAUAUGCGUUUUGACCGCAAUUUCCGUUGCCCAAUGAUCGAAAAAAUAUUCCCGCCGAGGUGACUUAUGCACCAGCUGAAAAUUAUUCAACAUCGUUUUCCUCAGAAACUUCAGACCAUCUUCUUACGGGGAAAGUUUGACAGAAAUGUCAUGUUCUCUGCAAAACAUUUAUCGAGAGUAAGUUGUCAAAGAGAUGCGGUUUAAAUUUCAGAUAGCUGUCAAAAAAGUUGUCUAAUAGAGGUGAAAAUUAAAAUAUCAUGGUCGUUAACUUUUUCUUUUUCUGCCGUUACAUGAACAAUGAUAAAAACUUUAAUGGUGGAUGGACACCCAUUCAAACACCAGCAAAGGGCUGAGUAAUUAGCAAUAUUUCUCGUUCAUCUAUGAAACAGUCAGUAGCAAAUAAUUUGCAUAGACCCAUUUCUUUAAGUAAUUAAUUCAGAUCCGACUUUCUCCUGACCCGAAGCUCUACCGACGGAAAAAUAUGGAGGAAAAUAAAGAUGUUAGUAAGGACUCGUGUGCACGUCGUGAGUCCAGGUAAUGCAAUAGUAAUGUCACCGUAUACUACAUAUGCUUGUCCCUCUAAAGAGACGAGCGUCACUCUCCACGGCCACUUUGGACGGCUCUUUCUUUCAUGUGUUGACGAGAAAAGUUUACUGACGAUCACAGAUGGUUGAAAAUGUCUGCAAGGUCUUUACGCCCUUUUAGCAUCAAUAAUUGAUCGAAUAUGUAUUUUCUCCAGUAAGGCAUGGCUGGAAAAAGCUUGCGUUUCUGCUUCAUUCAAUUUUAUUAAACUCAUAAUAUCAAGAUAAAAGCAGUUGAGAACCGACGAUAUACGUCAGGUUGAACAGUCACUUCAAGCUAAAAUUUUGCGCCUAUAAUUUCUAAGGAAAUGUUAAAAAAUUUAUCAUCUGAAAAAGUUAUCACCUCAUUUAGAUACGAGUCAUGUUACUUGGCUAUUCUUUAGCUUUGUUACAAAGCAUCUCAUUAAACUUACUUCGAUCAAGCCAAGCUACACCUUGAAGAAAAUAUUGAAUUGGAAAUUCGUACUCGGUCAGCUAGUCAAAAUCGAUUAGUAUCUGACACGCACAGACGGUAAGAACGUCAUUAAAACCUAAAAUGAUCACGAAACUUCAAGCUUAUUUCUUUGAAACGUCAUUUGCAUAUUAUAGUAUACAUAACUUGUGUACCUAGUAUACAAAUUACUUUAACGAUAAGCUCACCGGAGAUGGAUAAAUCGCAUUAGAUCCUCUCAAUCCAUUAUCCGUCACCUGACGCCGAUGUCUUCUUUUAAGAUAAUUUUGUUUUUUUAUAACUUAAAACUUCCUUUAUGAACACUAAUCCGAGAGACCCUGAGUCUGAAAAAGCUGUUCGUAGAGGUUAAACCCUCAGACACCGCAAACACAGGCAAGCCGAGAAAACCUUCUGUCGUAAGCAUACGUAGCAUGAAUCCGAAGUCAAGAACGUCUCUCGAGAAGCGCAAGUGCAUUGUAAGCAAGAGCUACGAAUAUAUUUUUGGAUCUUACGAGGUUAAAAGUGGAAAGGCGAAAGAAAGUAAUAGAAAAAGACAUUUUGAAAAAUAAAUGCAAAAAAAUACAAUGAGAGAAGAAGCUUUGAUCGUGCUAGAUUCAAUAAAUAUUUUGAACAACUGCAUGCAUCAUAAUAGAUUACUUGACAGAAACGUACCUCAAACCCAAACAAUAAAUAUUAAAUUAAUAACUAACUUGAAAGUUAUAUGUUAAUGAUCAUUAAUGUGUAAUAAAGGCUUCAUUUAUUAUCAAAACAAAGCAAAACAAAACAAAACAAAAAAAUAAACGUUUAUCUUGUGGAUGCAAAUGUUGUAAACGUCACGAAGUCUAUUUAAGGUCGCCGUUGACUUUUAAUAUUGUGAAUCUUUCUUUACUUUAUGUUUCUUUCUUAAGUCAUACCCGGUUUAUUCUUUAAUUCUGAAGCCACAAAUUCAUUCGAACCGAUUGAACUUUGAAUAAUAGGUUUGAAUCAUGAAUUGAAGACUUUUUUGCUCAAUAAUUUAAAAUCCUUAUCUGCCUGCGAAUACCUAUUCCAAACCAAUAAGAAUAUAGAACUGGCUUUGUCCUACACGACGUUUCCGAAUGCUUUUAGCCUGCAGCCCAGCUGUCUUAUCAGUGCGAGCUAACGUUUUAGGCUCGCGAUCGUUUAUCUGACACAGUCCAUGUUUGAUUUGGGGUUGGAGUGGACGAUGGGGGUAGGGGGCGGGGGAAGAGCGAGAAGAUUUCUGCCCGAAGAAGCUGUUUACAAGCAAAACAACCCCUGAUUAUAUGUGCGUCACUGCAUUUCCGGAAAUGAGCAGAUAUCCAAUCAAAAUGAGUUAAAUAAAAAACCAGAAGCACUGCCUUCCGACACAAACAAACACACUUAGAGCCCAUGAAUGAUACAGUGAGGCAGUUUUUUUUUCCAGCCAGAAAAGAAAUGGCUUCGGCAGAACCUUCUCCGUGGUCGCAAAUAUGAGCUGAUAUUUACUACACUCUGUCUUUCCAAAUGAAAAUCCUUGAGUAUGGCUGCCGUUAAUCUAUUUGACAAUUUUUCUUCUCCGUUUUUUCUUUCUCCGUUUGAUCGUAGACGAUACUUUAAAGUAACAAACAACUGCACUCGAAGGUGUACCCGCCAUAAUUUGUUUGAUGCAAACUGCAUACUCUGUUGAAACGGUGUGGCGUUUUUUUCAUCAACGAUAUAAAUGGCCUCACCAAAACGAACUAAUAUUUACCGCACUCUAUAUCCUUCAAAUGACAAUCCGUGAGUGUUGCUACCGUCAGGAGCCCGUGAUGGGCUCCUGCUACCGUUAAUUCGAUAGAAGAUGCUAAUUCCAUUUGAUCAUAAACAAUACAUCGAAGCGGAUAAACGACAACUACGCUCGAACGUUUCCCGUCAUAGUUUCUUUCAGAAAAACCAACACCUGAAAUAUCGGGCUUUUCCAAAAGCUAACUGGCAACACGGCCUGUAAAUUCUUUCUAGAAACCAUUGUAGAAAUUGUUUCUUUCUGUUCCAAUUUUAAAUGCGUGAGACAUUAAAUUCCCAAAGAAACUUAGGGCCUGUUUACAUGGAGGUGGGGGACCCCAGGUAGGGGGGGUAACCCGCCUAGGUGGGGUAGCCCGCCUGUCCAUAUAAUUUCUUAUUUUAUUUUGAUCACGUUUACAUGGAAGGUGGGGUGACCCGCCUAGGCGGGUUGCCCGGUCUGCCAGGUAGGGUAACCCUGUCAGCCGGGGUCACAAUUUGCCAUGUAAAUUUGUCAAGGUGGGGUAACCCACCUAGCCGGGGUCGCGUUCAUAGCAAAAAGCUCAAAAGCAAAACGUGUAUGUUUUAAAACUUUGUACAUUUCCUAGCCGUCUCAUGGCAGAAAUCACCAGAAACCGCAACGGACACACAAGGAGUGUAAAAUGUUCACAUUUCGGAAUAUUUAGCGUUGUAAAUCGACCAUAUUUGGUUUCCCAAACUAUUCCGUAUAACGUAUUAAAUCAACGAGUCCUCGCAAAACCAAACACCGCGUAACACAACGCGUGACGCUUUCAUGAAUAAAUACAUAUGUGUUCGAGAGUUAAUCUUUCGUCUUUUUCGAGAUGUGAGCUUGGAACGCCUCUGCUCAAACUUCCUAAUUGCAAGCGCAACAACAACCUCAAGAAACCUCACCUCAGCACCCCGGGUUUGUAAGAUUGCGUGUAAACGUGUUUUAUUUUUCGACCACGGCUAGGCGGGUUAUCUCACCUACCAGGGGUCCCCCGCCUCCAUGUAAACAGGCUCUUAAGGGCUUCCUCGAGAGCGGAAUCGAAACUAAUAACUUCACAGUCAGAGUUCGCCAUCUUUCUCUUUCUCCCGCAAGAGCGAAAUGUCAGAAUGACGCUCAAAUGGCACAUUUGGCUUGUGAUUGACAGCUGGAACUUAACCGCAUCAAUCAGGAACUCAGUUCGUGGGCAAACGGAGUUUUGCAAAAUGAUAAUGAAUUCGAGCAGGCGUAAUCUUUACUCCCCCACCUUCACCUUUCUCCUUAUUUUUGACCGUCGACCACCCCCUUGGAACAAAUUUCUUUCUCUCUCCAGCCUUCCGCUGCCAUUAAAAUCAAGGAUGGUGGCCAUAAUUUUCGUUAAGAAAAUACUAAGCACUCGCUCGCCAAAAUUACGCCUGCUCUGUAGGCUAGAAUGUUUCUAAUAAUCCCACGCCCAAAAUUUGUCCGUAGAUAGACGUUUCAACAUGCGUAGACGAUGGUUAAAAGGGAACUCAUGAUAAAUAUCCCGCGGCCUUUUGUUUUUGUGUUCUAAGGGAUCCACUCUCUCAAACUUUUUCUCCACUGGGUAAGAUUCGACAACUGUAGCCGAAAGUUCCCUUUGUCUAGUGAUGCAAACAGUAGGGUACACAAGAAGUUAAAAAGACGCAGGUAUUUUCAAAUUUAUCAGAUUUAAAUUGGACAAGAUAUUGUUCAAGGUGCAGUUAAAAAAAUUUGGACCCCGCUAUCUUUUACUCGGUUCCCGCAGAAAUGAAUGUAUCACUGUGCAAAAUCAGGAUGAAGUUAAUAAUCGAUUUUUUGUUAUUUUCUGUCCAGUAUUUUGUAGUCAGUCAAGCAAAUAUCGGAACGACAGUUCUGAAUUACACAUCGAAAUAUACUGGAAUUGCACAGGUGAUUCGAAAUACAUCUUCAUGAGCUGCAAAGGAUCUCAAGAAAGAAAAAAAACAUUAGACCUCUCCGAAAUGUCCUGUCAAGCUUCUUUUGAAGAGGAAAACAACAGGGCCACAAGAGCAGGUAUUUGGUGAUUAAAUAGAGAAAAGAAAUGUUGCCCUAUAUGUUGACGUCAAGGAAUACGGACAUUGACGCGAUACUAAACAUGCAACUAAUGAAUUCGUUUGCUUACCUGAUUGUUUAGUCCGUGUUUCGCAUUAAUCCAGGACGUUUCGUUCAUCUACAACGAUCAUAAAGCUAAUAACAGUCAUUAUAAAUUGAACUGGAAAUGCUUAAGAAGCAUUUCCUUUAGCUUUUCUCUCGGUGGUGAAAUGUAUCAUUGCGUCACUGGUCAGUUAAAUCCACGAGCCACUUACUGGAAUGAAAAGAGGUAAACUUGAAAAUGAAACUGGAAGCAAAUUACAUAGAAAUAGUAAGAGUAUAUCGAGGUUGUGCUAAACAUUUCCAAGUCAAACUGAACAUGCCAUUAAUAUAUCUAUGAAUUCACUCUUUGCUGCUGCUUUGUCGAAAAAUUUAAUCUAAUGAUGUAUUGCUGUAGCAUUCUGCCUUGGAAUCUUUGGAGCACAAAAUGUCUCUUCAAUGCAAACCAACAAUUAUCGAACAUGGCACUGUGAGUGGGGACGGUUCGCCUUAAACAUCUCACAGCAAAUCCCUGGUACUGGUUCUGGAAGUAUGCAAGCUGCAGGGACAUUAUAUCACAUACAAAGGCGUAACAACACUCAUCUUCAAACCUUUCAUAGUACUGGUGAGAAAUUUGGUCUAUUAUAAGGCUCAGCAUGAGCGUAAUACCGAGCACUUUUCAUUUUCUGGCUUGUUAUGAAGAAGUAAAAUUGACUCCGAAAGAAGGAGUGCGAUAAAAUGCCUUUGGAGCAGGCUCAUUCGGGACAUUUCCAAAUAGUCUCAAAAUUGAGUAAUGAACAAAAAAAAUUUUCCUCUGACCCAUUUAUACCAGUCAGUUGGUCUCAACAUCAUCUAGCAGUACCUUCUCCAGAAUGACUAACCAAUGUGUGAUGAUUUACGUUAAGAUUUGAUAGAUUUUGAUUAUGAUAGAUUAAGUAACAAGUUUAGUUACUCGAACGCCUCCGUCAAAGUCAUCAACGGGGUCCAAAUCUUUGAGUAAGCAAAUAAUAGAUAUAUAUAAUUUUAAUUGAUUGCAAAAUGUGAAUAAGCUGUACAAAAGAAGAAAGUAUUCAAAGUGCUCUUUCUUUCAUGAAGACUAAUGAGAUUCUGAUCCCGUAAUUCAUUUUUAUCGGCCCGUGUAUUUUAGUGAUCGAUAGCAAUUCUGCUACUGUGCUAAUCGUUUGAAAAUGAUUCAAUUUUUAGAAAAAAUUACACAGACAACCACAUCAACGUCCUUACCUCCUGGUAAGAACAUUUUACCAUGCUUGUUAGGUGAAUUUAACGUCUCAAUUACCGUUCACUGAAGAGGGUCAAACAAGGUACCUUAUUUUUAUCCAUCCCUUCCCUAUAUUUCAAUUAAAUUUGCCCAUUUGGAAAAUCAAUUAAUGGGCUAAUCAGAGAGGGGAAUCGCCAAUAGAACAUAAGUAUAGUUGUCUAAGAUACUGCAUUUUAUGCUUCUCUAAGUCAGUGCUACGAAUCGUUUGUGCGGUGUAAAAAUUGACCACAAUCAUUUUAUCUCCCAAUAUUUGUCUAAAUUUCAGUGACACAGAAUUCAUCUGCAACCACGUUUUCUUCAAGUAAGUACGCGUUUGAUAAUUGUCUUAGAUCAAGUAAAUGGUUUUACGUUCCAGUCGUAACACUGAAAACUCGCCGUAAAAUUCAUUCGAUAUCUCAGUAAUAUCAUAUGUGAUUGAUAAAGGCAUGAGAGCAUUGAUGUCUACAUGACACAGAUAAUACGUGAUUUCAAAGAGAAAUUUUUAAGUCUGUUUGUACCAAGUAUGCGACAAACAAAAAAACUGAGUCACCGAAAGGGAUCAAACCCCUUACCUUCCCCAACACUGUCGAUUGCAUCAAAACUAAACAUCUUGGAACACGUGUCCGGCCAAUCCAAGUUAAUUUAAACUUCUUUCGUUUGUUUCCUUGUUUGAAGAGGAAAUGAGAAGCUCCUUAACUUUCCAUCAAAACUAUAUAGGCUUGUCUUAGAUUCACAAUAACCUUGAAGAGAUCGUUAUCAUAGCUGUAUUUUGACCCCACAGGUAACAAAGGAAAUGCCUCGUCUACCAUCAUCGGCAAAGUGACGACUCUAGUAAGUCAGCCUUAUUCUAUCUCCAUCCGCAUGUUUUAUUUUCACCUAUAUUUGUUUACUACACUAAUAUCCACAUUUUCACCCAAGCAGUAAACUAUUACAUGCUCAAAACUUGUACAUGCAAAAAAAACCUAAAAUAGCACGAUGUCUCUCCGACCUCUCUUAAAAGUAUUUUGGAUAUUUUUAACCUGGCCAAUUGCUGUAAGGAAAAAGUUUAUCUGUCUAUUAAUGCGCAAGAAAGUUUGUAGGAAAAUUUUGUUUCGGAGCAUCGCCGUCUGCUGUCGGUUGAGGUUGACCUAAAUACAUCACUCAUUUUUGCAACGAGCCCGACAGACCAAAGUCAAGUAGCAAUAAUCAAAAACACCGCCGAACACUUCUGAACUGAAUGAGAUAAAAUGUGGUAGGCGUGCCCUAAAUGGGUUGAACGUUCAUAAUUUCCUUGCAACAAGCAUUUCUGUUUUUCACCAGGCCAACAACCUUACUAAACACGUUAAUAAAAGCAGAAAUUGUUCAGCUGAGAUGGUAAGUGUUAUGCGGGCUAGAGCCCAUUUUUUCGUCAGCAGAUCGUCCCGUAUAUUGCUCAAUUUUCCCUCAAAUCUCGAACUUCCCUGAAAUAUUAACAGCUCUGAAUUCUCAAAGAUUACCUAAAACAAAACCAAAUUAUUAUGUUCAAAUAAAAUAACUGGCAUACCAAUGCAAAAUCAUGCUCUUAAGUCAAAUAAAUCCAGGAAUAAAUUUAUACUUUGCAUUGAAUCGGCUACAAUCCAAAUAGUAUACUGAAAAAGGGAAUUUUAUCACAUUGCACAGCUAGAAAACGACUUGAAUGUUGUGGCUCCAGAAAACCGUCCAGAAUCUAGACAAAAAUCGAUAUACCAGCACGACAUUCAAAAAGUUCACUCCAUUUAGAUCUUAAAAAACCAACUUUUUAUGUCAAUUUUCCUUGCCCCAGAGAUAAAGUCGUACAGACAAAAUUUUCAUUUUUUCCACGGUAAGUUAGACGUUUUUCUUCUUUUUUUUACAAGAUUGUAGAAUUACUUCGGAACAUAGAGGCUGAAGUCCAUUCCUUUAUUGGGGAGAUCCUUAAUUCUGAUGAUGUGGAACUACCUUCGUCUUCCAAUCGGAUAAUAGGUGCAAGUCGUUUUGAUAUCUUUCAUCUUUAUAGGAAAGUUUCCCCAUUCCUCAUGGGGGCGUGGGGAGUUUGCUUCUUAAAUCCUCUCGGAAUAACUUGGGCCAAUUAUAAAAGGUUAAAAGUUAGGUGAGCCAGGUGAUCUCCCGAAGUGCCUGUUAUAACUAAUUCUGAUGUAAGCGAAUUCUAAUCCAGUGAAACGGGACCACGCUCAAAACAAUCAGAACUUUCAGAGGAAAACGAUUCAAUAAAGCAAAAAUAGCCUAGAAGUUUUUAGCUAAGAAUGUACUGUCAGCGAUCAAGACGUGAUUUUUAUCUUCCUCGACAGAAUUUCACGGUGUUAUUGCCACAAGCGUCAACAAAACAUUAAAAGUUCCUAGCACCUCUGAAGCAGGCCAGUCACAAAGUCUGUUCGUUUUACCGCCAGGUUCAAUUGAUUUAAAAAAUGGUAAGUUCGAAGAUUAUAAGCAUAAUAAUUAAGUAUAAUUUUUAAAUCCACGAUGACUUCAAAUAUUGUUUCCGUCCUGCAGCAAAGGCUGCCAACGAAAGAAUAUUGGGAUCUUGUAUGACGUAAUGUCAAAUGACUGCUCAGUUGCUUAAGGAAAUCUUGAAAUGACAAACGCCAUGUAGUCCAUAUCUAAGAACUGCAGUCCUAAAAAAGUAUCUUCUUCGAUGUAAGGUUACACUUUUUUUAGCUGAGAUAGUUCUAGACAAAAUAAUUUUUGUCAGGGAAGGUAAGUCAUUGGAACAAUCCUAAACAGUUCAUAUGAGAUAUUCUUACCUGUUUUAUAAGGAUUUUACUACAAUUUAAAACAUCGCAAAGUUUCUCUUUUUCUGCCAUAUUUUGGAAAAGCUUGCUCGCUAGAAAAAGAAGACUUGCAUUUUUUACUAAGGGUUUGGUCUGCGCUUCAAUAAGAAUAAAAGAUUUGUAAAUUGUUUCACAUGUUUUUUCCGUGUCCAUUCGGAAGGACGGAUUGCCAUAGUAAUGGUUGUAUUCAAGUUCGCUUCACUGUGCAAUGAUACAGAUGGUUUGGCUUUAGGCUCAUCGACAGAAAAGAGGUAAGAUGUUAGUAAACAGUGUGCACUAUCGACAAUAAAUAUUUCCUCCACUUUGAAGCGGCCCGAUUUCCUGAAUUUCUUUAAUUGUAGUGUACCAAUGAAGUUCAAGUCUACAUCCUGCAGACAAACGUACGAAGAAAACCCGUUAAAGACGAAAAGGGAACGAAUAGAUUUUUGUUCCAUAAUACUUAACGUACAGUGUUUCGCUGUCUUACACCGCGUAGCAUAAACAUUUUUGAAUCCGAGGCAAAUUAUUGAUUUGAAGAGGAGCUGAGGCGGCCCAAUGUUUUUACUUAUGAAAAUUCUGUAUUUCAACAGAUCCUCUUUCUUGAAAUCUCCGGUAGUUUCUCUGUUGGCAAUGACCAAAAAAAGUAACGUACAUACUCUUCAAAACAACGCGACUUUACGAUUUAGGAUCAAGGUAAUAUAAUACAUUAUUUUACGCUUUUACGAGACGGAUUUUCAGUGAUGCAGUGAACUAUCAUAAUCUGCCCUACUAAUACAGAACGUUCUCAUAAUCUACUGUACUCAUCGAUUUAGAGGUGCUAAAAAAAAUUGCAAUAAUAUAACAGUUUGUGCCAAUAGGUCGUAUCACUUUCUUAGUUGUUUGAUUGCCAUUCGGGCUAAUUUCACAGAGCUUUUCCACGGUGUUACCCAACGAUGAUCACUUUACUAAUAUAAUAUAAUUUCGCUGUUGUUGCUCUCAGAGGGAUAAUCAAUCAUCCGUCGGGUGUCGGUUUCUGAGCAACAGAAACGGGUAAGUAUCUAUGCAUUAUUAAUAUCCUGGGUGACUUCGAUGUCAACACGUUGAGAACAUUUGAAUAAAAACUUAGAACGCAUUAAAAUAUAUUCUCGAGAAGAACUACACUGUGGAUAACGCAUGACUAUUUAUUUCAACGAUGGUGUUAUUGCAUAGAUCUCCGCAAAAAAGGGUUCGCCAAUUUGCUAAGCGUUUUUGUAACAACAUUAAGUUGGUUUUUUCAUCUUUUAAAAUAGAUAAUAUGGUUGGUGUGAAAGAUCCUAACACUCGUGGGCUCCCUACGUGUGUGGUUUACAAGUUUUUAUGUGUGGGCUGUAAUGUCUGCUAUGUCGGCUAAACCUCUCGGCAUUUAUCCACACGCGUAAGUGAGCGCUUGGUCAGUGAUAGGACCUCUCACAUCUUCAGACAUCUACAUAAUUCCCCACAAUGUCGCACUCUUUGUUCUGAUGAGUGUUUAAACAUCUUAGAUCACGCUUCCACAACUUUUCAACCUAAAACCAAAGAAGCUAUCCACAUUCAAUGGGAGAAACUUACACCUAAUCGUGAACUUUAUCAUGUUAAUUUAAAACUUUCCUUGUAAAUGCAUACAUUGUUCUGUUACUAUUGUUUGUUUUGUCCAAUCAGCAUUUUGUUAUACACUUUAAAUUCAACUUUGUGCUUUGUAUUAUUCAGAACUGAAGAUGACAGAGGAACUGUCGAAACAUUUUUUUUAAAAUUUUCGUUCAUUUUCUUAAAUUCGUUACAUAUCUGCUUCUAUCCAGAACUUUUAACGACAGUGUAGUUAGUAACAUAAUCAAUGUUACUGUAAAGUAAAGCUACAUGCAUUGUUUAACUAAUUCUUAUUUUUAAGUGAUCUCCUAAUCUUUGACGAAAAAUCAUGCCUUUGUCUGUGUAUUUUUGAGUUUUUAGCCUCAAAAAUUACAAAAAGUAGAAAGUUGUGAAAGAAGCAUUCUUAUUUCCAUUGAUAGCUCCAAACCUUUCUGGUCCGAUAAAGGAAUGACGUUCAUGGAUAAAUAUGAAGAGAACUUCACUUCGUGUUUGACAGAUCACCUCACUAGUUUUGCUGUUCUAAUCAGUUACAACGAAGAUCAGUCACAAUUUCAGGUAUGAAACACAUCUGUGAAAAAAAUCAGCAAUGGAAUGUUUCCACUAAUUAACAAGAGGACACAAGAAGGUUCCAUUUUCCUGUGAAGCUGGUUUAAAUGUUCACAAACAACUUCAAAGUGUGGCACACGAGUAGUAGGAAAGAACCAAACAAAACUUAUGCAGUGUAGAAGAUGACAUACUUAAUUACUACAGAAGUUCUGUAAUUUGCCCGGCACACCCUUGAAAGAUGGCUUCCUGAAAGAUCAUAAUGAUUAUAGAAAGUCUGAGUAAUUACAUUUCCAACUGUUAAAAUCAUGGCCAUUCGGCUAUUACAUUUAUAUCCGUCAUUUCAGAUACUUAGUUUGUCUAACACAGCAUCUUCCUCAAAGGAUCUAUAAUUAUGAUUUCAAGUACUGACUUAUUUACGUGUGAUUGUUUUUAUAUAUAGGCUUAUUAAUUCAGAUUAAGUUUUGGAUUGGGAAAAAAGUGAAAGUAACAUCCUAAUUCGUUAUAAAAAUACUUUUUCAGCUUUCAAAAAAAGAAGAGAAGGCACUGGAUCUGAUCACGAAAAUUGGUUGUGGUUUUGCCAUUCUAUGUCUUAUUGGAGUUAUUGUUACUUUUUCCUGUGUCAGGUUUGUGUUCUUUUUAUAUCCUGUACUCUCUCUAUGAAUUUUUUAUAGUUCAUAUUGUAUGAGUUGUGUUGACCUGCAAGAAUUCAUAACGUUAUCUCCAAGAGACUUUGCAAUUUCGCUUUCAGGACCUUAUCAGCAAUGCGAUACCGUAUUCAUCUUCAUCUCUGUGUCGCCCUCGUCGCUGCACAAGUAAUAUUUGUCACUGGUGUUGACGCCACAGGAAUCAAGGUGAGUCACCCUUAUAAUUUUAUAAAUAGGAUAAACGCCUCGAGUUGUUGCAGUAGGAAGUUAAACGGAACUCUCCAUUCCCUUUCCUCUUUUUACCAUCAAUAGCAACCAGGAUCGAGCACAAUUUGGGAGAAAAGUGCGCUCUUUUUUUGAGCAUCGUUUUUAAGAUCAUUGCCACUAUUACCAUUUUACUCUACAGUAAAAACAAUAUCGUAAAUAAACAUUAGUCUUCAUAUGAAAAAUCAGAUUGGUCGAAAGCAUUCAAUCAAUAUACAAUAGCGUGUGAGAUUGACAAGAUAAACGCAAGACACAAGACAAACAAAAAAAUAAACAGUCUGCCUAGUAUGUAAGUCCAUCGUACGUGUGGACUUUUGUCUACUCAGAGAGAGACUCAAAAUGGCCGAAAGCUUUGCCUCUGUUUCUGAGGUGAAUUUAAAACUUUUGAUUGAAGAGAAAGAUUUAAGAAACAUCAGGAAAAUAGACCGGAGCUGGUGAGACAUGUUUCUGUUAUUUUCCUCUCACAGGAGGUCUGCAUUGCUGUAGCUGUUAUGCUCCAUUACUUUUUUACCGCAUCAUUUGUCUGGAUGUGUAUAGAGGCCGUCCACAUGUUCAUCAAAAUUGUUUCAGUGUUCAACAUUCAAAGAAUUCGCAUGCGACAUUAUGUGGCAUUAGGAUGGGGUAGGUUUUGACUCCUGUCUUUAUCCUUUGCAAACUGUCUCUGAUGAUGGAUCCCCAAUAGCGUCAAAGUGUUUGUAUCACUCCACUUUUAACUUAAGUCACACAUCACUUCACAAUUCGAAGCUUUAGGAAAGCUCUCUUCGCUAGACCAAACUUUCUGUAAUGCACCGUAACGAAUUGUUUGACAAUAACCUGGUCUAGUCAAUAGAAUUCCGGUAAGAAAAGUAUGGGCAACUACAUAUAGGUGGAUGAUGAAGAGAUGACCCAGCCGGCAACAUAGGGUAAAACAAUCCGAUCACCUUUUCCUCAUCUAUUCUAGGAGUACCAGCUGUGAUAGUUGUAGUAUCAGCGACCGUACAUUAUGAAGGAUACGGCACAUCAAAAUUGUAAGUAAAGUUGUAAAUGCACAUUUCCAGACACCAACAUUUUUUUCAUAUAUCGUAUAUUUCUGAAGUUAUUUUUUCUGUUUAAUUUUUGAACUGUUCGCUCUCAUUUUGAUAUACCUUUUACAUUGGAAAGUACUAAUGCGAUAAAUAAUUCGUUGAUUUCUACAAAUGUCAGGAUGAGUUGCAUUUAUUAUCAUUUCAACGUUAACUGUUAAUACAUUUUCCUGAUGCACUGCCUCAUAAUGGCCUUUCGAUUUCUCCAAUUUCAGCUGUUGGUUAAGCCUUGAAGGAAACCUCAUUUGGGCAUUUCUUACCCCUGUUGUGGUGAUAGUAUUGGUAAGCAGUAAGACGUAUUCAGCUCAAGUUACCCGAGAGUGUAUUUAAAAGUACAUUUGCGAACAACUUCCCUCUAAGGAGAUCCUUACUCGAAUUUCCCAUCUUCUAUUGCCCUCUCAGUCAAACCGCGUUUUCGAUCAAAAAGAGUUGUCCGUUGAUAAAAUUUAACUAACAAUUGCGUUUGGCAAGUACAUACAAUAAACAAAAUUGCUGUUAAUAAGUACUUAUUCCUCUUUCUCUUUUAACGAUUCAGGAAAUUAUGACAGGUUAAUUCAUGCAGACGGAGUCAAAAAUAAUUCUUGAUGAAAGUUGGAAAACAUAUUAAUCAAUUUAUUCGAACCUCCUUGUUCUAGAUAAAUGCUAUCGUUUUGGUUACUAUAACGGCUGUUCGAAUAUCCCUCAAAGGCAAUCCACUGACACCUCAUGAAAAUAAAAAAUUCACGUAAGUAAAAUAAACAGAUAUAUGUUUACGCCUACAACGAUUAUGGGUAGCUACGAAUCUAUUUACACUUGAAAAGUAGCUAAGAUUAAGUUAACCACAUUUCAUCUACAGUUAGUCGUUUUAGUGUGACCACAUACUACAACCUGUAUAGUCAACGUAAAUCAAGGUUCUCAUCUUAUACGUGCCACUGAAUCGAGUUUAAAGUUAUUUUUCGCUCAAUAAUGUUUUUUUGCUCUUUAUUUUUAGUGCCGCCCUUAGAACGGUCGUAGUAUUGUUUCCUCUGCUUGGUUUAAGCUGGUUCUUUGGUCUGAUGGGUGUUUUGACCAAUAGCCGGCCGUUUCUUUACACUUUUGUAGUGCUGUCUUCUCUUCAGGUCAGUGGUUUAUUUUGUAUUUAUUUCCUUUUUCAACGCAUCAGAACUUUCUUUUUCUUACUUUUCACAGAUACUCCGAGCUGGAAAAUAUUGAUUUUGUUCAUAUUCAUACAUUUACGUCUUGCAAUACAAUCUUUCGUUAUUUAAUUGAAAAUGCAAAUUGUUCGAAAAAAAACAAUAGAUCAUUCGCGCGUUAGUUAACAAGAAAACGUUAAUACAAACUAAUUAAGACAAUUUGCUCCAAACGGGGUAUGGGUUAAACAAUACUCACAUCAAAAUAAACAAAAGUUUUUGAUAAAAAAAAGACCGGCUAGAGCAAUAGCAUAGGUAUCAGACUUGUUUAAUAUCUUAUUUAUCCAACCACCUUAAUUCGUGGGAACUACAUGUACAUAUCAGAUUUUUACUUUUUAAAUUAAAGUCUUGAUGUUCUAAAAACAGGGCUUCUUCAUUUUGCUAUUUCACUGCAUCGGAAACAGGGAGGUAAGGAUGUAUUUUUUUUUCAAAAGAUUUAUUCGAAGUUGAAUAUUACGACAUGGUGAGAUGUCAAUCAUUGUGUUGUUGCACCAAACCCAGUGACACCCAUUAACACACUUAUGAAAGGGGUGGCGUAUCACUUGACCUCGAAAGACGUGACUUAUUAGAUGCGUGGUUACAGGGUGACUAGAGUACUAAUGGCUCUUUCUUAACCAGAAGAAUACAUAAUUUCUGUCAAUGAGAAAGCAAUUUGAUUUGCCCAAAAAUGUCAGUAAAACAGUAGUGGUAAACUCCUUCGACUGAACGGUGAAUUUUCGGUCAAAGGAGUUCAGUAAAAAGUAAAGCCCAUUCACUAUGGGCUUUACCUUUUAUAACAUUUGUUAGAUGGGUGUCGGUAAACAAACCUCUCUUUCUUGAGAUGUUCUUGGAAAUGAUAUAGAGACUAAGUAAGAUUUCUGCUAUUUUCCUUUUUUUUUUUUAAACGUCUUCAAGAGCUCACAAGGUUUAUAAUUCUCUUGUGCAAAUAUACUUCACCAAGAAAGAGAUUACGAAGCUAUCGUUUAUCAAUUCUAGGUGCGCAGUUCGAUAAAAGCAAUCAAAGACCGUCAUUCGUUGGAGUCAAGUAUUCGACAUGAACAAGUGAGUAAUUUUUGGAGAUAAUUUUUUUUUCACUCAGUUUUUAGAGGUUAUUGUUUUAUGAUAUAAAUUCUAGACCUUUUCUCAUAGCAAUUUCAUCGUUAUAUUCCUUAUAGAAAUUCCGGAAAGGAAAGGCAAACAGCAAAAGCUCAAAUGGAGUCAAUUGUGGAGAGAAAAAAAUAAUGCUAACAAAAGUCUCGGGACUAAAGAGAAGCGAAGAACAAGUCAAAAAGGCAACAAACGUAUGAUAAAAAAGCAAAGAAAAAUUUUUUUGACCCUUACUUGAUGUACAAAAACACCGGGAGCAGCCAAGGUCAGAUUGGAGUGAAUCCCCGUGGCUACCUCAGUAGCAGCGAUUAACUGGCCAGGAAGCAAUCUCGAGGAGCAUCUAAAUAUAGUUAAGGUGUUCAAAAUACUCCGAUUCUUAAACUAGCCGACAUCUGGGAGCAUUGUUGUGAUGUUUACCAUUCGACGUCUAGUUGUGGUCGUCUACUUUUCGCUUCAUUUAUUAGGCGUUAGCCUGUGUAAAUUUUAAGCAUUUUUUAAAAAUUUCGCAAAACGCCAUCCAGCGCUAAAUGGGUAUCCACAUCAUCUCAAAAUUUUGAUUUUAGAGGGACUUUAUGUUUAAAUAGUUGCACACAAGCGAACUCUGCGUAGGACGUUAGCAUUUGUCAUGUAACAAAAAAUUACUAGUAGCCGGUUACUUCCUUCCGAUGGGAGUGUUUCAGACACCAGAGGCAACCGAAAAUGCAUCGGGGAAAGCAGCAUCGCGUUGAAAAUUAGUCAGGGACAUAUGCCUUGCUUUCACUUCCACCGGUUUGUUAAGAACGUUCUAAAUUCAGUACUGUUUGGAUGACCAUGAACAUGUUUUUACUGAAGAUAACGCCGUGGGAAUUCACUAAGAGCCAGAAUAAGAACCCAGUCCACUGACGUAUUAACGCAUUAACAGCAUUAACGAUAACGUUCAAGAAACUAAACUAAGAUAAUUUUAGAGGGAUUAGGUGUCAGAAUUUUAAUUAUAUGACUGAGAUAUGCCUAUAUUACGUUUAGCCGAUAUCCUUGUUGUGAAUUAUUUUAGUUUUACUUCCAUCCUCACAUACAGUUUGUCGGAAGCAUUAUUAUCAUGUUCUUCAUUUCUUGUUCUGAUAUAUAUUCUGACAAUCCAAACUGAUCAUAAACUGCUCUGACGUUUGAGGACGUUGCUUUACACCGAGCUGAAAUCACAAUAAAGCAGAAAAUUUCACCAAAAAACAUCUUUGUUUUCAUCUGAGAUCUUGGACCUGGCAAGCCCUACGGGAAAAACAGAUUGGUGAAGACUUCCUCAAAAUAGUUGAUCCAGGCAAUUUGAAGUAGGCUUUCAUUUUCCACAAAAUUGGGUCCUAGCCGAAAAUCCAAAAAGAAAUUAAGUUUCAUUAAAAGCUGCCAGUACAGGAACAGCCUCUUCCUGUAAAAUUGAUAAACUGAUCGUUGAACAGAAUUUUCAAAUUCCGCAGGGGUUGAUCGAAAAUAAGUCAAGCACAUAAUUUCUAAUGAAAUCGAAGCUCCCAUCGUAUUGAAUCGCGUCAUAUGAAAGUUAUUUACGGCGCAUUGGGAGGAGAUAAAAGAACAACUUAAAAGCGACGAAAUUAUGGUCACUCGGAGAGUAUAAUUGUAGUAAGACAAAACAGUUACGAGGAUGCUUUUUAGUAUCUUGUUAUCUUGCAACAGUCAACCAAUUAGAAAACUGAAGCGUUUUCAUAAAAAUCGCGCUGCAUAGCCUGAGAGAAAGUUCAGUAGUGAUCUUCAGCUAUCGGUUCUAUAUUCAACAGCACUGGGUAAUCCCUGACUGGCAUAAGCUGCAUUUGGCUUAAAUAAUUAUGCAC